CCCCGGGAUCGCCCAACACAAGAUGGCGAACGCGAGCGACCCUCUGCUGGAGAUGUUCACGACGGACGUGGACGAGAAGGCGGUGAGCGAGCUGGUGGGCUCGCUCGAGUCGCGCCUCUCGCGACAGCGGCCCACUGUGCUCAACAGCCACGCACAGCAGCAACAACAGCAGCAGCCACAGCAGCAGCAGCAACAACAGCUGCCGGACCGAGGAGGGGGCCGGCUCGGAGCCGCGGCUGCCGCGGGCGGAGGCGCCUCAAAAACGGCGGCGUCGGAUUUAGGCGAGGCCGAGGCUCGGUCCGGGACGCUAGGCCCACCCAUGAAGCGAACGGCUGCGGCGGGAAUUUUACUCUUGCAACAACAACAGCAACAACCGCAGCAGUAUCAGCAGCUGCAGCAGCUGCAACAGCAGCAGCAGCAGCUCGGCGGGACGAAUUGCCAGAGACACGGCGGAGUGGUGGCUUCGGGUGUGAGUGUCGGUACAUCAUCAGCAUCGUUAUCAUCAGCAUCGGUGGCGGCAGCUUUACCGUCUUCGUUAUCGGGAUCGUCGGCAUCAUCAUUAUCAUCAUCAACGUCUUCACUGUCAUCAUCAUCAGCAGCAGUAGCAGCAUCGUCGUCGUCGUCAUCAUCAUCAGCAGGAGCAGCGGCAUUACUUUCAUCACCGUCAACAUCAUUAGCGCAAGCAUCAUCAUUGACACAGUCAUCGUUAUCGGCAGCUGCAUCCACCUGUUCCUCUUCCUCGUUAUCAUCGCAGUCAUCGUCCGUUUCGGCCCCUGCAUCACCAUCACCAUCAUCAUCCACCACCUCCAUCUCCUCGCUGUCCAACCACGCCGAUGUUCCCGUGCUACCUUUGGGUCGAACACCGGUGAACGGGGGCUCCGUGUACGGGACACCCACUGGGGCAGGAGGAGCAGGAGGAGGCGUCGUUGUCGGUGGUGGAGUCUGUGGUGGAGUCGGUGUAGUUUCACCUGCAAGGACCUCGAGCAUUAACAGCGGUGGCAACAGCAACAAUGGUGUGGCUAUGUCGGUGGUUGCGUUGGACUCAGGGCGGAUGAACUUCAAUGUCACCACCAACCUCAACCCUAACGUCACCCCCAACCUCAUCGCACCCAACCCCAUCAUCACCGCCACCACCACCAUCAUCACCACCUCCACCAACCCCAGUGUUACUUUCACCAACCCCAACACCACCACCUCCACUUCCAACCCCCCCGGUCUCGCCACGAUCACUCUGCAGCGGCCACCUGCGAGCCACAACGGAGCACCAAUCAGCAUCGUCAGCACCAGCAGUAUUAUAAGCAGCAGCAGCAGCAACAUCAUCAGCAGCAGCAGCAACUCCAUCGGACACCCACCGCUCAUGUGCACCACGCCGGGGGGUGUUGUGAGCGGGCAGCCGUCAGUCAUAAGUGCCGUGACCUCUCGCCCCGCGAUUACCCUCAUCAGCAGUCCACAGCAACAACAGCAGCAACAACAGCAGACUGCCACUGUGUCCACCUUGGCACCCAGUGGUGCGGGGAUGGUGCCUAUGGCUGGUGGGCACAGUGGCGUGGUGAGGGUGAGUGUACCGCCUCCACCGUCGCCCGGACCGGCGCUGAGUCCAGCGCGACCGGGUCUCGCACUCCAGCAGAGGCUGCUACCGCCGCAGAUUAUUGCACCACGACCGCAAACAAUCCAGCUUCCUCCUGGGUUCACCUUGCCACCAGGUACGGUGAUGGUGCGCGCCGGCGAGCAGGGCCAGCUCUUCCUCAUCCAGCAGUCGGUGCUGGCGCAGGCCGGUGGCGCCGCCCCCCACGCCGCCCCCGUGCCCCCCUCCCCCACCGUGGCCACGGUGGCGCACGCCCCCAGCCCACCGGCCGCCAGCCCCGCCACUCAACCGCAGCAGGGAGUGCGGCUGGCCGCGCUGCAGAUUGCAUCGGUGACGCCGCCGGUGGGGGGGGCACCCACGCUCGCCGCUGCCACGCCGGCCCCUCCCGCAGGGCCCGCUCUUCCCGCCAGCCAGCCUCCGCUCGUCUUCACGCCGGAGGUGAUGGAGAACGUCAAGAAGUGCAAGAACUUCCUCUCGACGCUCAUCAAGCUGGCGUCGUCCGGCCAGCAGUCGCCCGAGACGACGCGCAACGUCAAGGAGCUGGUGCAAAACCUCCUGGAUGCCAAGAUGGAACCGGAGGAGUUCACAUCGCGGCUGCAGAAGGAGCUCAAGUCGUCGCCACAGCCCUACCUCGUGCCCUUCCUCAAGAAAAGCCUGCCGGCCGUGCGCUACCUGGCGCAGAACCCGCAAGCGCCGACCCAGUCGGCCCCGCAGCUCAACGCGAUCGGACCCCCGGCGACCUCGACCGGCGCCGCGCGACCCCUGGGAGCGCAGACGCACGCGGCGCAGGCACCGCUACACACGGUUCUGACGACGCAGCAUGGGGGUGGAGUGAAGCAGAUUGUGCUGCAGUCGCAGGCUCGCGGCAGUACACACAUCAAGCCCGGCACGGUGGUCAAGACUCAGGGCCCUGCUCUCAUCAGGCCACCCCCCACAGGCGUGCCGGGAGCCACCGGGCUGCAGGCAUCGGCGAGCCAGAAGGGGAAGAUGAAGGAUCCUGGGGGCGGCACUUUCAAGGACGAUGACGACAUCAACGACGUCGCCUCCAUGGCGGGCGUGAACAUCAACGAGGAGAGCGCACGCAUCGCGGCCACGGGCUCCGACACGGUGGGGACGCAGAUCCGCUCGUGCCGUGACGAGGCCUUCCUGUCGGCAGGGCCCCUCCAGCGCCGCCUGCUCGACAUUGGCCGGCGGUACGGCGUGACGGAGGUGCCUGCGGACGUGGUGGGGUUGGUGUCGCACGCGGCGCAGGAGAGGCUCAAGAACCUGGUGGAGAGGCUGAGCGUCAUCGCACAGCACCGCACGGAGACGUACAGGGACUCGGACGACUCGGAGCAGAUGAGCGACGUGAGGUCUCAGCUGAGGUUCUUCGAGCAGCUCGACCGCCUGGAGAAGCAGCGCAAGGAUGAGCAGGAGCGCGAGAUUCUACUCAGGGCGGCCAAGAGUCGGUCUCGACAAGAAGACCCAGAACAAGCCCGGCUCAAGCAGAAAGCAAAAGAGAUGCAGCAAGCGGAGCUGGCUCAGAUGCGCCAGCGAGAAGCGAACCUGACGGCGCUCGCGGCAAUCGGGCCACGCAAGAAGCGGAAACUCGAUUCGCCAGGGCCGGGCACGCCGGGGGAGGCCGGGGGUGGGGGGCCCGGCGCUUCGUCUUCCGGCGGCACCGGCGCGGCGGGAGGCAGCGGCGGGGGGGCGGCGGAGGCCGUCGCGGGGCCCGGCGGCGGCGGUGGCGGCGGCGGCGGCGGCGGCGGGGUGCCGGGCACGCCGACGAGACCGUCGCAGCGAGCGCGCUUCACCAGGGUCAACCUGCGCGACCUCGUCUUCUUGCUGGAACAAGAUCGCGAGACGGCGCACUCGCGCGUGCUGUACCGCGCGCAGCUCAAGUGACGCUCGCUUUACGUCUCGGGCCGCCGACGAGGGCGAGGGGUGGGGGGGCACAGAGAGACAGAGAGAUCGGAGGCGCCGAGAUCGCCCCCCCCCCCCUCCCCGACGCCCCGGGUGCUGGAAUCUAACCGGGUCUACCUCCCGGUUUGGCGGGGACCGGACCGGGCCGCGGUCGGUGUUUUGGGCCCUUCCCCUCCGCUUGGAGCGGAAGUUUGACUUGCACGGCAGCGGACGGCUUGCGAGGAUGACGGUGGCCGACGUGCAACGUCGCCUCGGCUCAAGGAGAGAGAGAGAGAGAGCGGACGGACGGACGCCAGUUCCUCGCACUGGUCAACCCGGGACCGCACCGACACAUGGAACGUGACUCGUCGACCGACCGAAUUGACUGACCGACAGACCGACCGCUCUUGCGAGAGAGCGAAUGACCGACUUGCCGACCAAACGAAUGACCGACGGAGCGACUCGCCUCCCCCCCCCCCCCCGCCAACCGUUUGACCCACAUGACCCAUCGAACGAACGACCAGCCGACCGAACUAACAAACGACCGACAAAUGCCCGAACGACGACAACGACCAGACCCCCCCCACUAACCGAUCGACCGCGAGACGCCAAAUUGAGGCAGCUCGCAAAAAACGCGGUUCUUACCGAAGGGCUCCCUUCCGUACACACGUAGCCGCCCCCCUCACCCCACAGAACCAAUGAAUGGUGGCGAGGGUGGAGAAAGGGGGGCCUUGCCUCUAACCGCAACCCCCGAGUCACCGCCAUCCGCGCCCCACCCCCCCUCCCCACCGCCUACCAGCACCCCUCCGACGCUAUAAUCACGCGCGGUCAACACGUCGCGAGGUUUUUUUUUAAUCGCCAGAGGUCUUGUUUGUUUGUGCGUGCGUGCACGCGUGUCCAUCUGGUGCGGCGUUUGUGUGUGUUUUUUUAUUUUUUACACGCACCGGUUCGUAUCGCUCGCGGCGUCGAGACUCGUGUACACGACCUGCAGAGGGACAGGAAAUGAAAAACAAUUGCACUUGACCUGUGUGUGUGUGUGUGUGCCGUCAGGAAAAAAAAGAGGGCUCGUUCUUGUGUAGUAAGAGGGCCCCCCCCUUACGCCCCCUUCACUGCCCGCGCGCGCGCGUGCGUUGUACAUUGUGUGUAUGUGUGUGUGUGUAAAUACGAGGCGAGGACUUUAAUACAUGUGGUGUUUAUAAAUGAGAAUUUGAGAAGUGGUAUUUUAAUAGAACUUUGAACCAGCGGCACGCGAACUGAGAAGUCGGGAGUACGAGAUAUAUAUACGAGUCUUGUAUGCAUUUUAUAAGAAAAAAAUAUCCUAAUAACUAAGAUUCUUUAUUUUCAAUAAUUUUUUGCUCUAAAGUAAAUAUUGUCUACAUUUAUUUUCACGGUGUGCGUAGUUUUUUUUUCUUCUUCUUCCGUGUCGUACAUUACAAAGAGAGACGCAAAAGGGGUCGGGGGCCCCGUGUUGCCUCGUAAACAGUGGCACACGGAGGAGGGAUGGGUGGGACAAAACACCACGCGCGCGCACUUUGUCGGGGAGCGGUGGUGGCGCAGGAGAUGUUGGCAGCACUCCGCUGUGUGAACUCCGUGACCUCGGGUUUGAUGUCUGGCCACAGAUAUCUCACCACCGAUACCGGGCCAAACCACAUGCGUGGUGAUUGUCAAACUACGCGCCACCCCCCCCACCAUGAUCCACACGGUGGUGUGGGGAGGCUUUCAUCCAGGAGUGGAUUGAGAAAGGGCUAUAAAUUAUUAUGAAACUGUGCGCACAGCAUCAUUUUAACAUUUUUUAAAAAUACAAAAUUGAUAGCUUUGUGAUACAAAAUAAACCUUUUUCUACCAAUUAAAUUUUAUUUAAAUGCUA